AUGGCUCCCUACAGCACCGCCGAAGAAAUGGAUCGUCUACAGCUGUCCGACUCUGAUUCUGACGAACUCUGGGACUCGCCUUCGAAACGUGGAAAGAAGAAAUUGAAUCAGGCCGCGGUCAAGCAAGAAAACUCCCCGCCACCUGCAGAUACCGACCGUGAUGAAGAGACGCUUUUUGACCGUCAAGAAGCGCGAGAAGCUGCCCUCCGUAACGAACUACGAAUUGUGCGCAACGUCAAUCAGGUUAUAGAGGGGCUGCUGGGCAGUCUCGACAAGGCAAAAGGAAAUAUGGAGACUGUCUCACGUACGGUCAACUCCGCCUCUACCCUCCUUAACACCUGGACGCGCAUCCUGUCUCAAACGGAACAUAACCAACGGGUCAUACUUAACCCCAGUUGGCAGGGCGCGUCACAAGAUAUGGCCGACCUAGAAAACGAGGAGCUUCUCAGACAACAAGCUGCGGAAAGGCGGGAAAGAGAACUUCAACAACAGAGGGAAGCGGCGGCACGAAAGGCUGAGGAGGAUGAGAGAAAGAGGGCACAGUCAACGAGCACCAGAGGCACACGGAUUGUUUCCAGGGGACGGGUGAUUCGGAGCGGAAUAGGGAGGUCACCGAGUGUAUCUCACUCAAAGACCAGCACAAGCGGCACAAGAACUACAUCUAAAACGUCAGGAACGAACCCGUCCACGACGACUACGCGGCGACCGGUCAGUGGGAUUGCGCGGGGACCAGGAGUGACGCGUGGCCGGGGAAGGCAAUGA